CGCACUUUGUAGGCGUUUUCAACUGUCAAUCUCACUGUCCAUAGGGGAAACCCUAAUCGCCACUCUCUCUUUCCUCCAAGCCUGCUCUUUAGCUAAACAAAACGGUCAAAAUCCUACUCUGCCCGUGAUCCGAAGCUAAAAGUCUCUGUAAUGAACCUCAUUUUGAUCGUAUCAAUUGCGCUUCUUCCGGUGAUAUCCUAGUGUCGCUGAAUGAUGACUUUUCGCGUGUUGUUUUCUUGAGUAUUGGUUGAUUGAUAGUUUGAAUUCAAGGUUCGGCGACUGGGUGGUUUUGGUUGAGGUUUCGUGGCGGCGUUAGGGAGAUCUUUGGAGGGGAUGGUGAUGGCGGAGAAUGAGGCUGGAGGCGAGGAUCCGAAGGAGUUGAGCGGCGGUCAUAAGUCGCCGUGGAAGAGGCCGCUCGGCGGAGACGCCAAGGGAGGCGAUGGUCCUGUCAUGGGGGCGGAGUCGUGGCCGGCGCUUUCUGAUGCGCAGCGGCCCAAGAAUCCGGGGCCAGCCGCCAAGCCGCCGGUUUUGGCGGGGGUGCGGCCGGCACCUCCGGUUGUUGGUGGGGGUGCACCUCCGCCGCCCCAGCCACCGGUUGUGCAGGGAUCAGUUGGGCAACAAAAAUCACAUGGAUCUGGAAACCCUAAUCCUUCACACAAGCAUUUGCCGCUGCGUCAUCAAAAGCCAGGCUCCAAGCGCAAUACAAAUGGUGGACCUCCUUUCCCUGUACCUUUACCUUAUCAUCAACCGCCAAUGCCACCUGUUUUUCAUCCUAUGAUAUCUGUGCCGCAUAUUCCAGUUUCUGGUUAUGCUUACCCACCUGGUACUGGGCCCCUUCCUAGUGUUGACCCUCAUUUAGUGAAGUCUGGAUCUGAGACGUCCAUGCAAGCUUUUGUUCCACCAGUUCAUGGUAUCGAUUCCAAUAGAAGUGUUCAGCCUCCACCGCGGGGAGACCCCAACGCCUAUAUUGUCAAUUUUCCGAAUAGAAGACCUAGUUUGCAAGAACCUGGUGGCCAUUUUAACCCUGCAUGGCAUCCUCAACGACCAUUGGGUUUCAGAGACGGCAUUCAGAUGCAACAAGGUAUGGGGGCCAGGGCUUUCAUAAGGCCUCCAUUUUUUGGUCCAGCUCCAGGGUUCAUGGUUGGACCGGCCUUUCCAGGUCCUGCUUACUAUCUUCCUCCUGCACCUACAGGCUCUAUUAGGGGCCCUCAUCCGCGCUUUAUUCCACCAUCUUUAAGUCCAGGUGCUCCAAUACCACCUUCAGAAACACAAGCUUUAAGGGCUAAUAUAGUAAAACAGAUCGAGUAUUAUUUCAGUGAUGGAAAUCUGCAGAAUGACCAUUACUUGAUUUCUUUGAUGGAUGACCAAGGAUGGGUUCCAAUAUCCAUCAUUGCUGAUUUUAAAAGGGUUAAGAAGAUGAGUACAGAUUUACAAUUUAUCCUUGAGGCAUUGCAGAGUUCUACUACAGUAGAGGUGCAGUGUGACAGGAUAAGAAGACGUGAUGAGUGGUCAAGGUGGAUUCCAGCUUCUAUAGAGCAUGGGCUGCCAUUGAAAGCUAACAGUCCCCAGGGCCAAGUUGUGGAGAAGACUGUCAUUGAUCAUGAGAAUAGUGAGUCCAACAAAGACAACACAACUGGAACCUCUGAAGGGAACUGUGAACUUCAGUCGAACAAUGGAAAUUUGGUGUUGAACUCUCCAUCAGAUGGAGAUACUUUAGAAGUAUCGCAUUGUAGUAAUGCAGAACACAAUUCUGAGAAAGUUCGGUUUGAUGAUGGAGCACAAUCUUUGAUUGGAGGAGAUGGGGAUUCAAGUGAUGGAUUGAAUUUUGAGUCAGAUACCAGGUUCUCAGAUGUCAGCACUGGUUAUAAUCCCUGCCUAGAUUUUGUGCAAGAGACUGAGGCCACAACAGUUGUUGGGCAUGAGUCUGAAAGCACCGAGGUGUCAUCUUUUUUUGCAGUAAGUGACCUUUCUAAUGACUUUGCAAGCCCAUUCAUGCUUGAUGAAGAGCUAGAACCGGAGCCCAAAACCAGCAAGAAGGUUGAUCUUUCUUCGACUAGAAGGGUUGAUGAUGAGGAUGAGGAGAUGGUUGUCAAUGAUCAGGAUGUUCACAGACUUGUGAUUGUCACACAGAAUAGCAGGACAGGGGAAGGAUCUGGAAAUGGUGCGCAGGAAUCAAAAUCAAUUUCCAAUGAGCUUGCUUCUGCUAUAAAUGAUGGCCUUUUCUUUUAUGAGCAGGAACUAAAAACAAAGGGAUCAAAUCGUAGAAAAAAUAGCUUUAGUUUUGAGAAUAGAGAUGGAAUCUCCAGAUCCUCCAGCAUUGUUCCAGGGUUAGUAAAUGCAAAGACAGGUGAAAAUUCUAUUGGGAGCAGUGGUUGUGAGGAGUCAGGAAAUUGUAAUUCUAGAAGGAAGCAAAAUAAAGGCUUUCCCAAGCAGCAGACAUCCCAUAAACAGCGAUUCUUCACUAGCAACUUCAGAAAUCAUGGGAGUGGUCGUAACUCUCUUGGCAUCAUAUCAGAAAGUCCACCAAGUAAUUCAGUCGGGUUUUUCUUUGGUUCUACCCCUCCUGAAAAUCAUGGUCCUAGGUCUUCAAAGUUGUGCAAUUCACCUCGUGGGAGCCUUUCUGGCAGCAGUCCACCAGUUGGCUCCAUGCCAAAGCCAUUUCCACCAUUUCAGCAUCCUAGUCAUCAGCUUUUAGAAGAAAAUGGUUUCAAACAGCAGAAGUACUUGAAGUACCAAAAACGGUGCCUAAGUGACAGAAAGAAAUUGGGAAUUGGUUGCAGUGAGGAAAUGAACACACUGUACAGGUUUUGGUCAUACUUCCUUAGAGACAUGUUUAACCAUUCUAUGUAUAAGGAAUUCCGGAAAUUUGCACUGGAAGAUGCAGCUGCUAAUUAUAAUUAUGGAAUAGAAUGCCUCUUCAGGUUCUAUAGUUAUGGUUUGGAGAAGGAAUUCAGAGAGGACCUCUAUGAGGAUUUUGAGCAGCUCACCAUUGACUUCUACCAUCAAGGCAAUCUUUAUGGUCUCGAAAAAUACUGGGCAUUCCACCAUUAUCGUGGGGUAGAUAAUCAGAAACCAGCUCCAAAGAAACAUCCAGAGUUGGAUCAGUUGCUCAAGGAAAAAUAUCGUGGCUUGGAUGACUUCCACCGUGCCAAAGAGAAAUGAUUAUAUCGUAGCCAGUAUAAAUGCCCGUCUUCGCCAAGGACAUCAAAAUGAUUAUAUCUCAAUUUUGAAAAACAAUUCUAACAACUUAACAAUGGAGCUGGAGUCAGCAGCCUUUUUUCUUCUUUUCCGUUUUUUUUUUUUUUUUUUUUUUUUUUUUGGCGGAUGCUGAGGAAAGAUGGAUUUUUGUACAUUGUAUAUUGCACACUGGAUUGUUUAGGCCUCUGUGUGGCUGUUGCUCCUCAGCUUCUUUUGUUCUAGUUUUGGGCUUUUGGGUAUUCCCCCUUUUAUUUUGCAGUUUUGGAGUUGCCUGAGAGAUUGAAGAGGCUGCUUUGCUCUUUUUUCAUUUUUUUUUUUUUUCACCCUUCUGGAUUGUAAUUUGUACAUAGGAACAAAAGAGUAGCUGUAGAGUCUUGGACUCGGAAAAAUUUUAACAAUAAGAGAUUGAAAAGUUUGAAUUCUAAACUA